UUAUUCUCACAGAGUGGGGAGUUCAGUUUUCGCUUUGAAUAAUUCUUGACGAUUAAAAUGAAUCAUUUACUGGUUUUCUUCCUAUUAGCAAUAUCAAUUUCCUUGUCACUGGGCUACGAUGUGUCCCAUUUCUACAUCUGCUCCACCGAUUACGUCAAGAAAGAACGAAACUUCCUCUGCCAGGUAAGCAAAUUCAACAUGAACGUGCCAUUGCCUUCCCAGGGGGAUGAGUUUUUCAACUGCUGCAUGGAAACGUCCGAAUGGAUGAACCGAAGUAACAAAGCUUUGCUAGUGGACCGGCUGGCCAAGGAUAUGAAAAAGUACGGCUUCGAUAACCGUAACAGUGCCAUCGAGAAGGUCGGUAGCGAUUGCCGGCGAGAAAUGGGAAGCAAAAUCAACGGCCGGGGAUACCUGCUGUGUUUUCUGACGGAUAAAAGAACUUCGAAUGGUUUCAAGCAUAUGCUGAAGAAAAAGGAGGGUGAGUUUUUCACGAAGCAGACUUAUUGCAAGUCAGGUUAAGAAAACAUGGCGGUGAUGCUAAUUUUAUCCUGAAAUCCUUGAUUAUCCUUAAAUAGCCU